UGUUUAAAACUAAAUAUGGUAACGUAAGCAACCAAUCGCUGCGAGAARCGUUCUAGGCUUGCUUGCUGCGAAUAUUUCAGAGUUUACUUUGAAUAGGGCGUCGUUUAGACCAAUUCGGAGUGCUAGCUUGUUCCACAAACCACACAGUUUCAAACUUUCAACAAUGAGUAAGUUUUCAAUGCAGCAACGUCGAGAGGAGAAACCAAAGGAAGAGCAAGAAGAAGAGGACGAUUCAUGGAAAGAUACAAAUGUCGGAAUGAUAGGAAGUGACCUCGAUCGUUCGGUUAGAAAGGAUGCGGCAAAUACAGAAAAAGCUUGGCAGAAUGCAGGACAAAAACCUGGUGUAGAAGUCUGGAGAAUAAACAAGUUCAAGGUCGAAUGCGUUGAUGUUGACGAUUAUGGUAAAUUCUAUGAAGGCGAUAGUUACAUCGUAUUGAAUACUUACAAAAACAAAGAAACGGAAAAAAACAAUCCCAACACGUUCUCUUUGGUAGAAGUAGACAUGAAGUGGUCGAAAAUCUAUUCUGAUAGUGUGCUGUUGAUCGCCACUAACGAUAAAGUAUUCCAGCUGAAUGGCCCUAACGCCUCACAUCGAUACAAGUACGGCAUGAAGCAAGUACUCAAGAGCCUCGAUGUCAUGAGAUGUCGACCGCAAACCAAAGUCAUCACUGAAGAAUUUACAUCUUACGAAGAUAUUGAAGAUGCGUUAUCAAAAGAAAAGUGUAAAGAGCUUUUCGGUACGGAGACGGCUCCAGAAGACGUAGACCUCUAUCGAGAAAGAGUUAAGGAAAGUCAAGAACAAGAGGAAGAACCAGAAAUUACCCUCAGCAGUGUGGAUGUUGGAUUUCAACAGUAGUGUAGUUUUGAUUGACAAGAGGAAAAAGGAAUCGAAAAAGAAGAGCGCAAUGGUUUGUGGGCAGCAUCACCUUGACAAAAAGCCUACCAAACAACAAAGACGGGCUGGAAUGUGCUGCAAAAAGAAUGAUGACGAAUUCUUGGAAUGUUGUCGUUCACGCUCCGUGAAAUGAUGUUUUAGAGUACACUUGGAUCACAGUGCACACCCUCAAUAAUUAUUGCAAAACGUCAUUAUAAAAAUUAGUUAUAUCAUUAGAUUCAAUUUGGAAAUUUUGUACUUUGCCCUCUCGGUAUCCCAGAAUUCAACAAAGUGCAGUUAAGAGUCUAUUUUGGAAUUUCUGGUAUGAGAUUUGUAAUGCAUAUGUAUUAAAAGCUACAAUUUCAAAUCACGUGAUACGCAACAAACUGAUCACRAGUAUGGCCGCCAUCUUGAAUUCUAUCGUCUUCACUCUCGAUUCACUGAAACAAGAAAGUUGCACACUUAUAACGUCAUUUUGAAUGCUACACGAUUCAAUAUGAUAUAAUAGAAUGUAAAAAAAACAUAACUCAAGAUCGCACUUGUUUUGARUCAGUUAAGGAAAUUUAGCAGGUCGAAAUCAUAAGAGAAUUAUUCGGUACGAUUUUUUCUGAAGC